UUGGAGUAUUAGAGACAGACUGUGUAUCUGACUCUUUUACUCCAAUGCAAAUUUUCCGUUCUGGACAAUUUUUACAGAAGGUGUAAACGCUCCAUAAGUAUUUACUCGCUUGUGCGACGCUGUUGUUUGUGAAAGGGCUUUCACAAAUGGCGCUAAUAUUUGUGUCCCAGCGAUAUAGUCACAAUUCCUUUAUACCUAAGUGAAAAAGAAAAUUUUUCUUCUGCUUCACUCUCAUGUUAAGAUGCUUGCACACUUUCAUAUUUUUGACCGAGCACCAAAACCAGGUUCAUAUUGAAGACUCGCCAUAACCAUAGCGCGCGUGAUAACUCAGUGACACACUCUAUGUAUUUUAACUUCGUGGUUGUAAUGCAUCACUCGACCGACUGAUUCCCUACCUCGAUCUCUUUGCUGUUUGCUGCCAUUCAAUCAACAUCAUAAGGGACGCCAGCAACUAUUCCACUUUUUAUCAAAAGCCAUCACAAUUUAUAGAAAACAUGAGCUGUACAUCGAGUGAGGAGAUGGACUGCCUGGAGUUGGGGGACACUUGUGUGGAAGUGACUGAUGCCGUAUUGGAGAGAACUGCGACCAAAAAAGAUUCGCCCAAUGCUCCGGUGAGAUACAUCAUAUCCAAUUUAAAGGAUAAAAAAUUGCGGCUGGUGGUUUGGCGAGAUCUACACGCUCAAUAUGAGGGAAAGUUGCCGAAUAAGAUUAUAAAGAUAUCUAGGGGGAAAGUUUUACCUGCCAAUCCAGCAUUUUUUCGCCUGGAGCAAGGUCUUAUGCCUAUUGAAAUAGCAAUUCAAAAUCACACAAUAAUAGAAAUUCUAUCCGAUUUGCCGAAGGAACCAACAGAAAAAUAUUGUCCUAUACCCUUUAAAGAUGUCUACUGUUCAAUUGGGAAGCACGUCAAUAUAGCGGGCUUUAUUAAAAUGCAAGUGGAGUCUAUUGUCUUCAACAAUUCCUCUUACGGAUCAGGGACAAUAACGGAUGUUCACUACAAAUUGCUGGUGAACGUCACCCAGUUUAAUAAGGAGUUCAGUCCUGCAAAGGGAAAGUUUGUAAAAUUAAACGGAUUACUAAGAAAAAAUGAACAUGGGACGGCCAUAUUACAAAUCGCUUCAAUGAACGACAUUCGAGAAGUACCAGAUGCACCUGAAGCAACUGAAGUGGAAUUAAAGAAGGGUUUCGCAAAUCCACCAAAAGCAAGUUCACCAAGUCAAACAUCUAAUGGCGAUCCUCAAGCUCAAAAAUCUAAUGGCUCUUCAUCGGCUCAAAGCCAUUCUCCACUUCAAGUACAGCUUGAUUCCUCAACGGCACAAAGCCUCCCUCAAGCUCAAAUGUCUCAAAAUUCAUCACCGUUAAAAAGCCCAGAAGAGCUUCCUAAUGUUUCGAAACGAUUUGUGGGUUCAAAAGAGGAUUUUCCCAAGUUACCUCCUCCUAAAAAAUCCAAAAUGCCGGAAUAG